GCAACUUUAAAGUUAUUUUCCCAUAUGGAAUGCCUGAAAACGGUUUCUGUUCUGAACAAUAAUAUUACAGCCAGUGCUGUUGUUAGUUAAACCUUUUGCCGAUGCAUAAAUCAGGGAGAGCAACCACAUGCAUUUUAGUGCAACAGACAAUCCCUUUUUUCCAUGGAUAGUACCAAUGUGAAAUCAAGCAGAGUGAACUCACAAUGAAACACACGAUUCAGGCUGUGGCCUUGUGGGAAAACAGGGCUCCAGAACACAGUAUUACCACCAUAAUGAUAACAGAAGACCAGAAAACUAUUGUAACUGGUAGUUCAGAAGGACAGAUAUGUCUUUGGCAUCUAUCAGAGGAUAUGAAGAUUACAUCUAAAGCUAUUCUUUUUGGCCAUACAACAGCUGUAACAUGCUUGGCCAAAGCAAGAGAUUUUGAAAAGCAACCAUAUAUUGUUAGUGCGACUGAAGAUGGGGAGAUGUGUGUUUGGAAUGUUGCCAACAGCCAGUGCAUUGAAAAUGCAAAACUUCCAUACAAGCAUACGGCAAUCUGUUACUACCAUUGCUCAUUCCGAAUGACAGGGGAAGGAUGGCUACUCUGCUGUGGUCAUUAUCAGGAUGUCCUUAUUGUUGACGCAAAGACCUUGCAAGUUUUAAAUACAUUUCAGACCCAGGCUUCAGACUGGAUUAGUUGCAUGUGCAUUGUUCACUCUACAAGAAUUCAAGAGGACUCACUGGUUGCAAUAUCAGUGGCUGGUGAUCUACAAGUAUGGGAUUUAUCAUCCUCAGUCAACAGCAUACAGGAAAAACAAAAUGUUUAUGAAUUAGAAUCCAAGUUCUUGGAGCUUCCAAACUGCUGUGCUGUUCGUUUUUGCACUUUUACAGAACGUCUUUUGCUGGUGAUUUGCUCCAGUUCUUGGAGGGUUUUUGACUAUUGUGAUUUCUCCUUGCUUUGCACUGAAAUUCACAAGGGUAACCAAUCAUUUGCUGGAGGGGAGUUUCUUGCUCGUAACAGACUUAUCAUCUGGACAGUGGAUGGUCACAGUUAUAUCUACCAGCUGUUGAACAGCGGUCUUUCCAAAAGUGUAUGCCCAACUGAAGGUGGAAUACUUAAAGAAACCAUUACUCCUCAGUUACUUUGCUCUACAAGUGUUGAGAAAAAGAAUGUAUGUGCUAUGGGCUUCAUGAAUGAAAGGAAGGAACCAUUUUUAAAAAUACUUUAUUCUGGUGACAUAUCUGGAAGGAUCAGUUUCUGGCAUAUUCCUGAUAUUCUGGUGCCCCAGACUGAUGGAUCUCCACAAGAAGUACAAAGAAAAACAACAAUCACUCUUCAAGAAAUCUUUGAUAGGCAUAAGUCCAUGUCUGAAGGAAUAAUAGAUCACCUUGUUACUCAUGAAGAAGGCAUGGCAUAUGUAAUGAUCACCUCAUCAAUAUACAUUGCAAAUCUUGACAAACUGGUGUGUGGUUGUGAAAAUGGGAAAAUUGUUAUUACAUCAGCUUUGCAUGCUGCUAGAGCAAGACUACUUAAAGACCAUCUUUUACUAAAAGGUUCCCUGCCACAUAAGAUAUUUGAGGGGCACAAUUUCAGCAUUACCAGUUUACUUUAUCCACAUGGAGAGUCAGAGAAAUUCGAUCCAACCUGGCUCAUUUCUGGCGAUCAGAAUUCAACUGUGAUAUGGAGAGACGUGUUUACAGGGCAGAUAUUCCACAAGUUUUUUCUGCAGGCUGGGUCAAUAAUGAAACUACUGGUUCCACCAGAUGAUUACAAAGUGAAACUUUUCCAGACUGUGUACUGUAUUUGCAGUGACAAUUCAGUGGCACUUUUAAAUUUGCAGGAACGCAUGUGUCUCUUUCAUGCCAGAAAACAUCUGUUCCCUGUAAAGAUGUUAAAGUGGCACCCUAUUGAAGAUGUCUUAAUAGUUGGGUGUGAAGAUGGCUCAGUUUAUGUUUGGGAAAUUGAAACUGGUACCUUGGAACGCCAUGAAACUGGAGACAUAGCAAAAGCCAUUUUGUCCUCUUGUGAAAAUUACAACAUUGUGAUGGCAGAUUCCAUCAUUACUUCUUCAAAAGAGGUGCAAAGAAAUAGACGAACAACAUAUAAGUCUUCAAACUCUUACAAGCUUGGCACAUUGUCUCACAAUCUAUUUCAAAAUGAAAAGGCUUCAAACAAGGCUGCAGACUCCAGUUAUAUCUCAAGACCUUUUUCAGUUGUACCAGUAAAAUCUAAGUAUAACAUUAGCUUGCACUUGCUUUUAUUUGAUCUAGAAAAAGUUUUAGAACUUCUUCAUUUAUCUCAAGCAAAUGGGCUGAAGUCAGCAAACUCUUUUAGCACUUACGAUGCACUAAAAACAGUAAAAAACUCUUCAGAGAAGCGGCCAUUAACACUCAAAAGAAAUAAGACUGCUGGAUCCUUCUAUCAAGGGGAUGGGCAAAUGCCUGAGACAUUUGUGCAAGAAAAUGUUGGACACCUUAAUGAAGAAUCUGGUGGGACUAAAAGAAACAAGAAAUUCAAAAGCAGUAAAAGAAACAAAAUUGAAUCAGAAGGAAAAAUAGAUGUAAAUAUGAUAACGGAUGCAGCCAAACUUUUUUUGUCAUGUCUUGUACCCUGGGGACUAGAUAAAGAACUGGAUAUUUUCUGCAUUAGACACUUGGAUAUCCUCGAGAUUCAAAGUUCAGUCACUUUUGGCAUUAUAUCAAGUGUAGAUCAUAUUGGAUUGAUGCUACCGGGAUGGAAUCAAAUUGUAAACAAUGAUAAUUCUGCAAUAAGUUUACAUCAUUCAUUCAUAAAGAAAGUCAUGGAGCUUUCAUCAAAAUAUUCCAUGGCUACUCAAAAACAAAGUGAAAAAUGUUCACAUCAAGAAUGUAAUCAUUUUAACACAAUGAACCUAAACACUCUAGCAUAUAUUUUGAAGAAGUUAUGUGUUGUCAGUAAAGGGCUGAGGAUGGAGCCUGUAUCUACAUUCAGCAGCAUCAUCAGUCAGGAGAAGAUGGAGUCUGUGCGAGUCAAAUGGAAAAGUUCUGAACAUUUUAAUUCAUUUUCCAUGUUUUCCGCUGAGCUUCUACAGGACAAAAAUUUUCCUGAACCUGAAAAUGUAUCCUUAAUUAAGCUUGUUUCAUCUUGGAAAGGCCAGUCUGUACAGGUUAUAGAAGCAAUGCAAGCAGUUCUCUUGGCAGAAUUAAAAAGGAGGAUGCAAUCAGUUUUAGAAACCGUAAUAACCACUCAACCUAUUGCCGUUGUGGACAGUGUGGAUAAUGGUCACACUUCUCAUCCAGAGUCUUCAGAUUCUAUUGAAUUACAAUCUAUUGCCAAUCAUUCUAUGCAAUCUCCAGGGGCAGUAGUAAAAUGUGAAAGUGAAUCCAAGUCUGUGAAAUUCCAAGAAGAUGAGGUUUCUCAAGAAAAAUGUGGACUGGAGGAUUCUGAUAGUCCAGAUGAUAUGAAACAGAAUGCAUGGAUGGCCAAGAUGUGCUACUGCAAAGUGUGUUGAAUAAAAGCACUACAUAUUCAGCAAAUAUGUGCUCUGUCUUGUGUCAAAUUCAAGUAAAAUGUUCUAGAAAUCUCUCGGUUAUUUUACAUAUGCUGAGAAAUAUAUAAUUUAAUGGUCAGAAAUAUGUAAUUGUUUUCAAAAUGUAUUCUAAAUGAUGUAAUAUUUACUGUAGUUUUAUUUGUAAAUGUUUGUCCUAGACUUCACCUCCUUCCAGAUUCUUGCACAGUUAUUCUAGAAUCAGAUUCAUAAUAUUACAGGUUUUAAUAAGAACUCGUGGAAGAAAGAAAACUAUGGGAACUAUGGGAAGAGUUUUUUUACCCCCCCCCCACAUUCUUAUUCUUAUGGGGGCAACUUAACAGAGAACAUAUGCACUAAAUGAAUCAUUUUUCCUAUAAAAAUGUAGAAAAAAAAUAUAGAAACACAAACAGCAGUGGAAAAAGAUGUAUUUUUUGCCCCAGAGCACAUUUUGUGAUAAAACUUCUUGCUGACACAAUCAAUAUUUUUUCUGAAAAGAGUACACUAUUUCUGCAAAUUUUAAAAAUACACUAUACACAAUUAAUAUUCAUAAUCAAGCUUAAUAUAAAGCAAUACAAAUGUUUUUGACAAAAGUAACAAAGCUCUGGUGCCUUGCCUAGAUAGUGUCUUGUGAAAGUAUUCAGACCAUUGACCAAUUCUUAAGCUUUAAUAAAUGACAAAACCUAAAAAUA